AUGGUGCGUGCUUACAGAGUGAAAGGGCAAAAGAGGAAGAAGAAAGGCGAGAAGUACGACAGAGAAGAAGAAGAAGAAGAAGAACACGAGCAAUUGGAGGAGGAGAAAGUCGAUGAGGAGCCGCCAAAGAAAAUGAAAACGGAAAAGGCCGAGCAGGAGAGAAAGGCGGAGCAAUCUGAGGCGGUCACGGCUGAUGAGCUGCCCGGAAUUCCAAUUGUUCCAAUGGACAACAAUGCUAACAAGCCAGGGGUCAUCUUUGUUCUUGAGAAGGCGUCGUUGGAAAUUGCGAAAGUUGGGAAGUCCUAUCAGCUCUUGAGUUCGGACGAGCAUGCCAAUUUUCUGGUGAGGAAUAAGCGGAACCCUGCAGAUUAUCGGCCGGACAUUUCUUUUCAGGCUAUUCAAACAAUACUAGAUAGUCGGGUGAACAAAAGUGGGAGAUUAAAAGCUUUAUAUGUGAGGACACAGCAAGGCCUUCUUUUGCACAUUAAACCUCACGCACGUAUGCCGAGGACAUAUAAGAGGUUCUCUGGUCUCAUGGUGCAAUUGCUGCAAAAGCUGCACAUAACUGCAGCCGGUAAAGGCGAAAAACUUCUGCGUGUAAUUAAGAAUCCUGUCACGCAAUAUCUACCCAUCAACUGUCGGAAAAUAGGCUUCUCUCACAGUUCAGAAAAGCUGGUAGAUAUGUACGAUUAUGUCCGAACUGUUAACAAUGAUUUGGAUCUCGUUUUUGUGGUAGGGGCAAUGGCGCAUGGAAAAAUUGAUGAAGACUAUGUAGAAGAUUAUUUAUCAGUUUCUGAAUACCCGUUGAGUGCUGCAUACUGUAUAUCGAUGAUAACAACUGCGGUCGAGCGAAAGUGGAAGAUUCUGUAA